CACACAGACUGAGUGAGAUAGAGGAAAGGAGGGAGGGGGAGAGAGAAAGAAAGAAAGAUACAUAUUGUUAGUUCAUUCCAAGAUAAACUUUAUUCAAGGAACUGUCUGUAAGAUUAAGAAAUCGUAAGAAUAAAAUAUAGACUGAAUAGUAAACUUUCCUACAAUUCCAUCGGUGUUUUUAUUAGGUAGUCUAGUUUAACAAUAAAACCAGCUGGUGGGAGCAAGGUAGGUGAAGCAUUUUACCCUUCCUAUAGGCCUGCCUACAGGCUAUCGUUUAUGUUUGUACAAUAACAUUGUUGAUAUUUUUCUCUUCAAUUUGAUUAAUAUGUUACUACUCAAUCGUGUAUUCAGAUCAUUCAGAUUAAGUACAACGGUUACCCGCAGACAAACUGCUGUCCUUCGAUUCGAUAUGAUUUGCUCUCUCCCUGCAUCUUCUGCUGUAAACACAUGGCUUUCGCGCCGGCUGUAAAUUAAAAUAAACUCAUACAGGUUAUGUAAUAAUUAUGUCAAAUUAAUUGAAUGUCCCGAUUAAACAUGUAUUGACGAUGCAGUGUAGGUCUACUAUAUAGACUAUGCUAUAAAGAUAAAAAUGCACAAAUAGUUUACUUUUCUCUUGUGUGAUCUACUGUAUCGUUCUUAUAGCCCAAUGUUAGUCCUGCUCCAUUGGACACCAUACCACUGCUCUAACCUAUAUUUUAUGUUGUCUGCCCCUCCCUAACCCUCUGCCCUGAGGCCAGAGCUCUGGGCAUCCAUGCCCACACCCCCAUCUUACUGCGCUGGUGGACAGACACAGGGAUGAGCAACAGCGGGACCAAGGAGCUGUCACCACAGCCAGGCGUGGCCCAAUCACCUAACUCUACACCUCCACGCAGGGGCCGGGGUCGCCCACGGAAACAACAGGAGGAGUCCACUGGCCCCCCAACUCCAAAGAGGCCGAGAGGACGACCCAGAGGAAGCAAGAACAAAGGCCCUCGUGCCACACCCAAGGAAAUAGAGCCUGUCGGGGAGAGAAGACCAAGGGGCCGGCCAAGGAAAUGGCCUCAGAGAGUAGUUCAAGAAGUCGUCCAGGAGCAGCAGGGUCCUUCAGAAGAAACCGAGGAGGGCCCCUCACAGUCACAGUCUUUACCCACUGAGGCUUUGCCAUCUCACUCUCCAGGCCAGGAAGAAGCAGAGGGGGAAUAGACAAUGUGCCACAGUACUACCUCAAGGUUUGGGCAGAGACAAAGAGGUGUAUACUCUUAGAAAAAAGGGUUCCAAAAGGGUUCUUUGUCUGUCCCCAUAGGAGAUCCCUUUUGGUUCCAGGUAGAACACUUUUUGGUUCAAGGUAGAACAUUUUUAAGUUCCAUGUAGAACCUUCUGUUGGUUCUACAUGCAAACAAUAAGGGUUCUAUGGGGACAGCCAAAGAACCCUUUUAGGUUCUAGAUAGCACCUUUUUUUCUACGAGUGUAUAAUCCAACCACUGUCAUGAGGAUCUAAAACAACAGAUAAUAGCCCUGCUUUGUAGAACAGUAGGCCUGGUUGUGUUAUUGUGCCUGGAGUCUAUCCAGCCCUGAGGCUGGGUCAAUGAUGGACAUAGCUUUGGUCAGUUGAUUGAUUACUAAGGAUUUGGUCAAUCCGUUUAACAAUUCAGUUUGACUGCCCAAACCCUUUCUCAUGAACGAGAUUGGUUGAUGCUGUGUGUUUGUGUGUGCGUGCGUGCAUGUGUGUGAGCACGUACGUGUGUAUGUGGUGGUGGUGAUGAUGGUGGGGAAGGGUUUUCAAAAGAAAAGGAUGCAUUUCAAACAGCGGCUACUGGGACGAGGCAUGACCCAAUUUACGUUAUGUCUGUCCUGAUUGUGAAGAAACACAGGGAUAUUUUGUUAGAUAUAUAUUUGAAUGGGAAUACAUUUUACAUUACCAUUAACAUGAGCAGAUAUAAGUCUAAACUUAACAGUGUCCAAUUGACAUGACAUCGGACCAUUAACAUGAGCAGAAAUAAGUCUAAACUCAACAGUGUCCAAUUGACAUGACAUCGGACCAUUAACAUGAGCAGAAAUAAGUCUAAACUCAACAGUGUCCAAUUGACAUGACAUCGGACCAUUAACAUGAGCAGAAAUAAGUCUAAACUCAACAGUGUCCAAUUGACAUGACAUCGGACCAUUAACAUGAGCAGAUAUAAGUCUAAACUUAACAGUGUCCAAUUGACAUGACAUCGGACCAUUAACAUGAGCAGAUAUAAGUCUAAACUCAACAGUGUCCAAUUGACAUGACAUCGGACCACACUCAGGUUUUGUAUUUACCUUUAUCUUCUCAAUACACUCAUUAAAACCUCAGGUAUUUUGCCUUAAUGUAGCUAUGCAUUUAGCUAUUCAGGAACAUAUCAUUCUACUCAGUUAUGAUAUUAUUCUAUUUUAUUGUGUAUUUCUGAUUUGUUUUUUGACAUUCACAAUAUGACUUGACACACAAACCUCAUUCAGACCUCAACUCACCUCAGUCCCUUUACCUUUCAGUCUACCUCAGUCACGGAAAUCAGAGGACUCUUAUAGCCUCUCCCCAUACCAAAAAAACGAACAAACACACACAUACCUACUCAGGAUACUCCCAUGCGUACUGUACCCGCUAGCCUCACACUCUCCCUCCCACUCCCAUGCUGACAGACUCUUUAAGUGAAUCCCAGCAGAAGCCUUUAGUGGCUCUGAUGAAAUGCCUGUCUUGAGAAUGGGUCUAUCUACAGUACCUGGUUCAAAAUGACCCAAUAUUUUACUGUUUGCUGUAGUUUUUACUUAUGUUUUAUUUGUUCUAUAACAACCUCUGUGAACCUCUAUAACAACGUGUUCCCCUCUUAGCUUUUUACAUAAGAUACGUCGUCAUUUCAUGUUCUCACAUUCAAACUGCAGACGUUAGAUUAACAACCAUACCAUUUGAUGAAUUGAUGUCAGUGACAUGUGAGACAUGAAAUAGUGAGAUAAAAGUUAACAUUUUCGUUUCUUGGGCUCUUCCUGUAAUGUAUUUCUGGAGAGGGUGGACAAGUCCACAUACAGUCUUUUUCUGUCAGUUGCAAGUUUCUAACCUAAACUCUGUCUUUUUCUUAUUACUUCACGUCUUUGGCUGGAAUUACUGUUUGCCAUGUGGACUACGUCUGAAACAGGUCUGUUUUUGGCACUGAGCACUUCCCCAGAGGGGUGGCUGACUGAUUUUAGCUUUGCUUGUCCCAUGUGAUCUUAUGAGACCUAUAGAACAUAUAUCUGCUGUCCACUCAUCUCACUAGGUUCAUAACAGCAUAUCGUACAGGUAAAUAAACCCGAAGUACUGCAUUGUGAUGUCAGUAAAAGUGCCUCCUAACCUAACUUCAUACCUCAGCAACGUCAGGAUAUCCACUGUCUAUAUGAAAUUGACAGUGUUGCUCUGAGCUUACUGAUAUAGAUACAGUAUAUUCAGUGUGUGUGUGUGUAUAUAAGUACACAUAUCUUAGGAGUUUGUCAUGUGCUUGUUGUAAUGCUUUAUGUACAAGGGCUUUUAAAUAUUGAGUAAUGUAGUUGGGUCCUGUUAUCUCGUAACAUCUUCAGUUUUUAAGCUUUUCAUAUUUUUUUGCAACAUUUGGAAAUGUGUCCCUUUCAUUUCAGUCUCCUUGAUCAUGUACUUCAUGAAGAUUUAUUUUCAAUGUAAUCCAUUUGAACUUGAAUACACAACUCAAAAUGGUAUUUUUUAGUUUGCCUCUGAUCUGUCUCGCUUUAUGGUGUGUUUUUGCAUGAGUAUAGAGGUGCUGCUUGGUCUGUCUGUUACCAAUAAAAGUAUCACAUAGCUA